AUGAGCUUCUCCACAAGUUUCGGGUGUGCCGGUGCACACCCCGCACGCCAUCUGGAUCCGCCGCCGGCCGGGAAGACAUUUCGCGGUGUCAGCGUGACGCACUUCCUGAGGAAGAGGCGGUUCGCUGGUCGCCCUGGUCGAUUCGAAUGCUCCGCAAACUCGCGCCAAUCUGGGCCCCGGCGCACCCCCAAGGACACCAUGUACGACCUCCACCCCGAGAUCUCGAUGCUUUAUGGAGAGGAUAAUGGCGCAGUUGCUGCCCCCAGCAAGGAGCAGGGUAUCGGAAAAGCAAUUGAGACCUUACCGCUAGCAGAUGCUUCCAUUGCGUACCGCUACAAUGAGCCCCGGAUUAAAGUCAUAGGGGUUGGAGGCGCCGGCUCCAAUGCCGUGAACAGGAUGAUUGAGAGCUCCAUGAAGGGGGUGGAGUUCUGGAUCGUGAACACUGAUUUCCAGGCUAUGAGGAUGUCGCCCAUUGACCCGGCAAAUAGGCUGCCGAUUGGCCAGGAACUGACAAGAGGUCUUGGUGCUGGUGGGAACCCAGAAAUCGGAAUGAAUGCAGCCAAGGAAAGCCAGGAGUUGGUAGAAAAGGCAGUGUCUGGAGCUGAUAUGGUUUUUGUCACGGCUGGAAUGGGAGGUGGAACAGGCACUGGCGGGGCGCCCGUUAUAGCAGGGAUCGCAAAGUCUAUGGGUAUAUUAACUGUUGGAAUCGUGACGACCCCGUUUUCAUUUGAGGGAAGAAGGCGGGCACUCCAGGCACAAGAAGGAAUUGCGGCCUUGAGAAGCAAUGUUGAUACACUGAUUGUAAUCCCAAAUGAUAAGUUACUGACUGCUGUUUCUCCAAAUACUCCUGUGACAGAAGCCUUUAAUUUGGCAGAUGAUAUUCUCCGGCAAGGUGUCCGUGGAAUCUCAGAUAUCAUCACUGUGCCAGGUUUGGUCAAUGUUGACUUUGCUGAUGUACGAUCAGUUAUGUCAGAUGCAGGUUCAUCCUUGAUGGGUAUUGGAACAGCAACAGGUAAGACACGAGCAAGAGAUGCUGCACUCAAUGCCAUACAGUCUCCUCUACUUGAUAUUGGUAUUGAAAGAGCAACAGGAAUUGUGUGGAAUAUCACCGGAGGGAGUGACCUAACAUUGACAGAGGUGAAUGCAGCAGCUGAAGUGAUAUAUGAUCUCGUAGAUCCUGGCGCAAAUCUAAUAUUUGGGUCUGUCAUAGACCCAUCAUAUACUGGUCAGGUGAGCAUAACCUUGAUUGCAACUGGAUUCAAGCGCCAGGAGGAAAGUGAAGUCCGACCCGCGCAGGCUGGAGGCGACGUGAACCGCGGCCGCAGCUCCCGGUUCUCUUCAUCCUCCCAGGACGAAGGCCCGAAGCUGCAGAUUCCUGAGUUCCUACAGCGGAAAGGGCGUUCGGGGUUUUCCAGAGGCAGUGUCAUAAGCUUCCCAGUUCUUGCAGUAGACUCUUAG